AUGUGUGCUGCAACCUCUACAGCUUCUGAUGAGUGGAGGAUUGUUCUGGUUGGGAAGACGGGAGUGGGGAAGAGUUCAACAGGAAACACCAUCUUAGGUGAAGAAGUGUUUGAGUCCGAACUAGAUGCAGACUCUGUCACAUCUGAGUGCAAGAAAGAAAGAAGAGAGAUUGAAGGGAGAAAAGUUACAGUCAUCGAUACUCCAGGACUGUUUGACACAACUUUAACCAAUGAAGAUGCCUGGAAGAUGAUCAGGGAGUGCAUGACUUUGUCUUCUCCUGGUCCACAUGCCUUCCUGGUGGUUCUCCAGCUGGGCAGAUUCACAGAGGAGGAGAGACAAACAGUGAGACUGAUUCAACAAACGUUUGGUGAAGAUGCACCUAAAUACACAAUGAUACUGUUCACUCAUGGAGACAGACUGAAGAAACAAACCAUUGAAGAGUUUCUCUCAAAGAGCGAGGACUUGAGCGACAUCAUCCAGAAGUGUUACGGCCAUUAUCACGUCUUCAACAACGAUGCUGAUGACCGGUCACAAGUCAGUCAGCUUCUGGAUAAAGUAGAGAAGAUGAUUCAGGACAAUGGAGGGUCACACUACACCACAGAAAUCCAACAGGAAACAGAGAGGAGAAUGACCCGCAGCAAAGGUUCUGAUGAGUGGAGGAUUGUUCUGGUUGGGAAGACGGGAGUGGGGAAGAGUUCAGCAGGAAACACCAUCUUAGGCGAUGAAGUGUUUGACUCUGAAGCAGCUGCAGAGUCUGUCACAGCUAAGUGCAAGAAAGUAACAGGAGAGGUUGAAUGGAGAAAGGUUGCCAUCAUCGAUACUCCAGGACUGUUCGACACAGUUUUAACCAAUGAACAAGUGAUUAAGAGGAUCACAGAGUGCAUCGGUUUGUCUUCUCCUGGUCCACAUGCCUUCCUGGUGAUUAUUAAGGUGGGCAGGUUCACAGAGGAAGAGAAAGAAACAGUGAGACUGAUUCAAGAAACGUUUGGUGAAGAUGCAUCUAAAUACACGAUGAUACUAUUCACUCAUGGAGACAAUCUGAAGAAAAAAACCAUUGAAGAGUUUCUGUCAAAGAGCAAAGACCUGAACAAAAUCAUCCAGAAGUGUCAUGGCCGUUAUCACGUCUUCAACAACAACAAUGCUGACCCGUCACAAGUCCAUGAGCUUCUGGAUAAAAUACAGAAGAUGAUUCAGGAGAAUGGAGGAUCACACUACACCACAGAAAUGUUCGAGGAAGCAGAAGAAGCCAUCAAGAAGGAGAAAGAACGAAUCCUGAGAGCGAAUGAAGCCCAGAGGAAGAAAGAGUUGGAGGAACUGAAGGCCAAACACAAGGCAGAAGAGUUGAAAAAACAGCAGGAAGAGCUGAGACGACAACAUGAGAGGGAAGCAAGGGAAAGGGCUGAAAGAGAGGCAAAGAAACCUCCAGUCAAACCACCUAGUCCUUCUGAUGAGUGGAGGAUUGUUCUGGUUGGGAAGACGGGAGUGGGGAAGAGUUCAACAGGAAACACCAUCUUAGGAGAUGAAGUGUUUGAGUCUGAAGUGUCUGCAGAGUCUGUCACAUCUGAGUGCAGGAAAGUAACAGGAGAGAUUGAAGGCCGAAAGGUUACAGUCAUCGAUACUCCAGGACUGUUUGACACAAAGCUAACCAACGAAGAAGUGAUGAAGACGAUCACAAAGUGCGUUGAGUUGUCUUCUCCUGGUCCACAUGCCUUCCUGGUGGUUCUCCAGGUGGGCAGAUUCACAGAGGAGGAGAAAGAAACAGUGAGACUGAUUCAACAGAUGUUUGGUGAAGAUGCAUCUGAACACAUGCUGGUGUUGUUCACUAAUGGAGACAGACUGAAGAAUAAAUCCAUUGAAGAGUUUCUGUCAAAGAGCAAAGACCUGAAACGCAUCAUCCAGAAGUUUUACGGCCGUUAUCACGUCUUCAUCAACAACAACAGUGACCCGUCUCAAGUCCAUCAGCUUCUGGAUAAAAUACAGAAGAUGAUAGCGAUGAACGGAGGAUCACACUACACUGCAGAAAUGCUCCAGACAGCAGAGGAAGUCGUUGCGAAGGAGAAAGAACGCAUCCAGAGAGAGAAUGAAGCUCAGAGGAACAAAGAGCUGGAGGAACUGAAGGCCCAGUGCAGAGCAGAAAUGUGA